AUGCCGCCGCCAUUCAAGACCCCUGCCGUGACGGAUCUGACAAAGUUCUGGAUCAAUGGGGAGUACGUGGAGCCGUUGAACAAGGAGGUCUUCACAGUACGCAAUCCCAAGAACGACCAGGUUGUUUCUCGUAACGUUCCUAUUGGUGGGCCACAGGAUGUCGACAACGCGGUCAAGCACGCGGAAGCAGCUUUCCAAGGAGAUUGGAGUCGCUUCUCCUCGGCUCAGAGGGGGCUGUGCUUGAGCAGACUGGCUGACAUCAUGGACGAACAUCUGGAAGGCUUGCUAAGACUUGAUACCAUGACUGGUGGAAAUCCCGUCUCGCUGAUCCCGACUAGGGAGAAGAAUUACAUUGUCAACGGCUUGCGCUACAUGUCUGGCUGGUGUGACAAAUUCAAGGGCGAAUAUAUGCCUGACGACGAUGGCUUUGUCAAGUUGGUCCGACAUGAGCCACUGGGUGUUUGUGCGGCCAUCUGCCCUUUCAACUCUCCGAUUGCGACUGCUUUUCACAAAAUUGGCCCAGCCCUGGUCACUGGCAAUGUCAUCAUCGUCAAGCCGUCCGAGAAAACGCCUUUCGGAACGCUGGCACUCGGGCCCCUGAUAGCCAUGGCCGGGAUUCCCAGUGGUGUCGUUCAGGUAAUCAGUGGUCAUGGUACAACUGGAGAGCUACUUGCGCGACAUAUGCGAAUUCGCAAAAUCAGCUUCACCGGCAGCGUUGCCACUGGGAAAAAGAUACAGGUGGCUAGUGCCCAGUCAAAUCUGAAGCGUGCGACACUGGAACUUGGUGGAAAAAGCCCUGCUGUCAUUUUUGAUGACGCGAACCUUGAAAACGCAUUGGAAUGGACUGUCAAGGCUAUCAUGGCUCGCAGUGGACAGGUGUGUAUCGCGGCCUCGAGGGUUUACGUGCAAAAGUCCAUUGCCAAAGAGUUCAUCCAGAGGUAUCAGCAGAAAAUGCUGGACGCUGCGAAAAGCAUGGGUGACCCUGAAGACCCCAACGUUGCCUAUGGUCCUCUUGUGGAUAAGAUCUCGUUCGAGAGGGUCAAGGGUAUGCUCGAGAGAGCCAAGGACCAGGCCGAACUCGUCGUUGGCGGAGGCGUCAUUGGCAACAGUGGUUGCUUCAUCGAACCUACCGUGUUUGUUAACCCCAAGCCCGGAGCAGAAAUUGUGACGGAUGAAGUUUUCGGGCCCGUCUCCGUCAUCGACACUUUCGAAACGGAGGAGGAAGUGCUCGCCAAGGCAAACGAUACCGAGUUUGGGCUGAUGGCCGGUGUCUUCACGAGGGACAUCACUAGGGCUCUUCGGGUAUCUUCCAAGUUUGAGUCGGGUGUCGUUGGCAUAAAUUGUGUUAGCUAUGUACGUCCUACGAGCAUACACGGAGCCAAAGACGGUGUUGAUCAACAUGAACUCUACACGCAGAGUUUAUAUGUGCAGAAUUGCCAGCCCACCCGGGGUUUUCAGGAAUCAGGACCGGCGCUGCAAGCAAUGGUUAUGAGACCGACUGGCGGCUCAGCUGUACAGAGUUGA